UCAUAUCUUUCUCCGCAGUUCAAAUAUAUGAUCUUUCAUAUAUUCACUUGUAGGAGUAUUGUAGUUACUGACUGAGCGUGAGAUGGGAACUCUCGCAAGCUCUUGAGGAAUAAGGUUAUUGCACACGCAGUAGACUGACUGUUUUUGUCUUGUUUGUUUGUUUGUUUGUUUGUUUUUUUGGUUAGCCUCUCUUUGCGGUGACAUCUUAUGUACAGUUCUGGACUCAGACCGUCUUCUGGUCUCUGAUGCAAUUCAACAUUUACAGUUUCUUCUCUCGGGGCAAUACAGCCCUAGCAGCAGAUGAAGAGCAGACAGUCCCGUGCCACCAGCAAUUGAGGUUUUAUAAAGGAGACUGGGAAAAUCGAACGAUCCAUAAUCCUGAGGAGUUGAAUUGUUUGGAUGGCGACAAUUGUGAAUGGCCUGUGUUCAUGGCGGCAGUUGAGGGCAGCAAUCUUCGAGUGGUGAUGGUAAAGCGGAGACGGUGCUGCGAGGAGAAUGAAAACACGAAGCUCACAACUAAACCAGAAGAUAUUCUGCCCAGUGUGCCAGUCCCAAGUAACGUGUCUUACAGGAAGCCGCCGGAAUUCAAGUCUCCUUGUGAUGACAUGCAUGAAGAGGGUAAACCUCCGUGUGCCUUGGCAAGCUUCGCUUCCCCUCAGGGCAUAUUUGUGGUAUUUCUCCUCAUAGUGGCAUCGCUUAUUCCUUCUAAUAGCCACUGGAGAUGAGAAAUUCCGCCAGAACGGCUUGGAACUACACCGAAUAUUUAAAAUAAACGUUAUUGUAACUUUAGAACUUAAAAUGCUUGAAGGGACAGACUGUGAGAAGUUCUUCAGCAUUACCGCGACUUUGUAAAUAACUUGCCUGGUUUUCUACAUUUUCAAUGAGAAGCAGAAACAGUUGUAUGAGGAGACAGUAAAGAGUUCUGUUGCUUGACAGAAGGAGAAGCUAACAACAGAAGGAACGCUCAUAUUAAGAAACUUUUCAAACGUUCUGACACUUUGACGUCCUUGAUUGCCUGGAAAUGGUUAGAAAGGAAAUGAAGCUAAGCUUGUAAAAUAAUCUUUAUCAAAACUAUUUAUAUUGCUCAGCAAGUGUUCUUGUCUUGUUUUUCCAUGUAACAACUUUUGAAGUUGAAAUAACUGAAUUGACGUUUUGAACUCGCUGAAGUCGAACUGGAUGUGUCGCGCAAAAUUCAAUGAUCGGUUUGCAAUUUGUGAUUUUAUAUUUCUUCUUCUCGGACGAAGAUACUUUUUGAAGUAGAAUAUUUCAAGGCCAGCUUCAUUGUUGCUUUUAGGGCGUAUUGCACGUAAUGUUGGCGAGUUUUCUGCACAUUGGAUUGUAGUCAACACGACUUCAGAUGUGAAUUGUUAUUGUCGAAUUAGUUCCUCUUUAAAAUGUCUCUUGAUUUUAGCUUUGAAAGUUCUUGCCUCCUGGUUAUCAGACCAUGUCGGAAGAACGCAGAACUCUGUUGGUCGCAUAUUUUGGCAGGACGUUUAAGCAAUCAUUUUCAAAGUCCGUUUUAUAAUUCCUUAAUAAUUGCCUUAUAGAUUUUUUUACAAUGUAGUGCGACUGUUAUAAUUGUUUGCUAAUGGCAGAGAAUACAGUUCAAAAUACGCGGCUAAUUGAUGUUUACAUUGGUCUAUGAUACGACCUGACAAACUGUGUUCCUAUUUGUAAUCACAAUAGAGUUUCUCACAUGAAACAGUUUGUAUUUGUAACGUUUUAGACCUCUUUGCAGUCCGUGACUUAAUUUAUACUGCAGUUGUAUUAAAGAAGUAAACCAUUCAAAAGUCUUG